GGAAUACGCAUGCGUACACGCUUUCACCCUUUCCGAACGUUGCAUCAGGAACAUGGCGGACGUGACACCGGUGGAGGGGGAGAAACUAAGCAAAAAGUCUGUCAGCUGGCUGUGGUAGUUCAGCAUGCUGUGUCUGGUCAGAGCAGCCAGGCAGCAACUGUACCAAGCCUUUGUGCUCAGGGGACAGUGGUUAAAAUAUGCAUCGCCAUGUGCAACUGCAGUCCCAGCUCAGUUUCAAGGGAUCCGCUGGAGAGGUGACAAAAGUGAGCUGAAGAGGCAAAUGAAAGCGGAGAAAAAAGCCGCUGAGAAGGAAGCCAAAGCGAAGUUGCUGGUGGACCAAAAAAAGGAGACCAAUGAUCGUGGGUCAUCGCAGCAUGCUUCCAUAUUGGAUGAGGAGACACUUGACCCCAAUCAAUACUUCAAGAUCCGCUCCCAGGCCAUCCACGACUUGAAGGGCACAGCAGAAGACCCAUACCCACACAAGUAUCAUGUGGACUUGUCACUUACAGACUUCAUUGAGAAAUACAAUGAGUUACAGCCUGGAGACCAUCUUACGGAUGUUGUUCUCAAUGUGUCAGGUCGCGUUCAUGCCAAGAGGGCUUCUGGUGCCAAGCUGCUGUUCUACGACUUGAGAGGUGAAGGUGUCAAGCUACAAGUUAUGGCAAACUCAAGGAACUACAAAACCGAGAAAGACUUUGUGGCCAUCAACAACAAGCUGCGCCGAGGUGACAUCAUCGGUGUCCGUGGAAACCCAGGAAAGACAAAGAAAGGGGAGUUGAGCAUCAUUCCCAUUGAGAUGACCCUGCUCUCACCGUGUUUGGAAGUGUUGCUUUUCCCGGCCAUGAAGCCUGAUGACAAUAUGAAAUCCGCUCCUUCAGAGGACACUUCUGCCUAA